GAACAUGCCACGUGUCCCAUCUUUGAUAUCUCCGCCUCCGCUCGUCUAUGUCUCCGGUGUGAGUUCUUGUCAUCUCCGUCACUCCCAUUUUCCUCUUUAGAUCUCCCACUCUUUCUCUCUCUCUCUCUCACUCUAACAAUGCAAUCAGCUCUCUCUCUUUCCUUCUCACAGGCGUCGAUUGCUAUAUCGAAUCGUCCGCUCUGUUCAUCGAACGCCGCUCCUUCUACGCCGAGGAACCUCCGGUUCUGCGGACUCCGGCGGGAGGCGUUUGGUUUCUCUCCGUCGAAGCAGUUGACAUCGUGCCGUUUACAAAUCCAUAGUAGAAGGAUUGAAGUCUCCGCAGCUGCUUCUUCUUCUUCUUCCUCCGCUAAUGGCAAUGGAGCUCCGUCGAAAUCGUUCGAUUAUGAUUUGGUCAUUAUCGGAGCUGGAGUUGGCGGCCACGGAGCUGCAUUGCACGCCGUCGAGAAGGGACUCAAAACCGCCAUUAUUGAAGGAGAUGUAGUCGGAGGGACUUGCGUAAACAGAGGCUGCGUGCCUUCAAAAGCUCUUCUUGCUGUUAGUGGUAGGAUGCGGGAACUCCAGAACGAACAUCACAUGAAGGCCUUUGGUCUGCAGGUUUCGUCUGCCGGUUAUGACCGUCAGGGUGUGGCUGACCAUGCUAGUAACCUGGCUACCAAGAUUAGGAAUAACCUCACCAAUUCAAUGAAGGCACUUGGUGUUGACAUAUUGACAGGGUUUGGCUCUGUUGUGGGGCCACAAAAGGUUAAAUAUGGAAAGGUUGGUUUCCCUGACAAUAUUAUCACCGCCAAAGAUAUAAUCAUUGCAACUGGAUCUGUACCGUUUGUACCGAAAGGAAUUGAAGUUGAUGGAAAGACUGUUAUCACAAGUGACCAUGCAUUGAAAUUGGAGUCUGUUCCUGACUGGAUUGCGAUAGUAGGAAGUGGUUAUAUCGGUCUUGAGUUCAGUGAUGUUUACACGGCCCUUGGAAGUGAGGUAACAUUUAUUGAGGCGCUGGAUCAGCUGAUGCCUGGGUUUGAUCCUGAGAUCAGUAAACUGGCUCAAAGGGUUCUGAUCAAUCCAAGAAAGAUUGACUAUCAUACUGGAGUCUUUGCAAGCAAAAUUACUCCAGCAAAGGAUGGAAGACCAGUGUUGAUUGAGCUUAUUGAUGCCAAAACCAAGGAACCCAAGGAUACUUUGGAGGUGGACGCUGCUCUUAUUGCUACAGGAAGAGCUCCAUUCACCAAUGGUCUUGGCCUGGAAAAUAUCAAUGUAGCGACGCAGAGAGGUUUUAUACCAGUAGAUGAGCGAAUGCGUGUUAUCGAUGGAAAUGGAAAGCUGGUUCCACACUUGUACUGCAUCGGUGAUGCCAAUGGUAAACUGAUGCUCGCUCAUGCAGCCAGUGCCCAAGGAAUUUCUGUGGUGGAGCAAGUCACAGGUAGAGAUCAUGUGCUUAAUCAUCUUAGCAUCCCAGCUGCUUGUUUUACUCAUCCUGAAAUCAGUAUGGUGGGAUUGACAGAGCCUCAAGCGAGAGAGAAAGCUGAGAAAGAAGGAUUUAAAGUAAGUAUUGCCAAGACAAGUUUCAAGGCGAACACAAAGGCUCUAGCCGAAAAUGAAGGAGAAGGACUCGCUAAGAUGAUAUACAGACCUGACAAUGGUGAAAUCCUUGGAGUUCAUAUCUUUGGAUUGCAUGCUGCUGAUCUUAUCCACGAAGCAUCCAACGCUAUUGCUUUAGGAACACGCCUUCAGGACAUAAAACUUGCGGUUCAUGCACAUCCAACUCUGUCUGAAGUUGUAGACGAACUGUUUAAAGCAGCCAAGGUCAACAGUCCAGCUUCAACAACGGCGCAAAGUGUAAAAGUCGCGGUAUAA